AAAAACCCAAACCAGCAGUGAGGGUGGAGCCUCAGAGCACCAUCUACACUGGAGACACUGUUACUCUGAUCUGUGAACUGCAGCUCUCACUCACUGGAUGGAAGUUUCUCUGGUACAAAAACACUCAGUCAAAUUAUCUGACUGCUGAUGAAAACACCAACACAAUCAGUAUAACAGUGUCUAAUACAGGAACAGAAGAGUAUAAAUGUGUAGCACGCAGAGGAGAAACCUACUACACACAUUACAGUGAUCCAGUCAAGAUUACAGUCAGAGAGAGACCAAAGGCUAAAGUGAAAGUGCAGCCAGCUGAGCAUGUGUUCAUCAGAGAGAGAGUCACUCUCACAUGUGACAUAGAAGGUGGAGAUGUCUGGAGUUACGAAUGGUUUAAGAAUAAUAAACGUCUCAGUGAAGCUGAAAGGAGGAAGAAAUAUGAAAUCUCUAAUGCUGAUCAGUCUGAUGAAGGUGAUUAUAGCUGUAAGGGAACAAAGUCAACAGAGCCGCGCUACUCAGAGACCAGUGAUGCUGUUAGACUGACUGUAUCAGAAAAACCCAAACCAGCAGUGAGGGUGGAGCCUCAGAGCACCGUCUACCCUGGAGACACUGUUACUCUGAUCUGUGAACUGCAGCUCUCACUCACUGGAUGGAAGUUUCUCUGGUACAAAAACACUCAGUCAGUACAACUGACUGCUGAUAAAAACACAAACACAAUCAGUAUAACAGUGUCUAAUACAGGAACAGAAGAGUAUAAAUGUGUAGCACACAGAGGAGAAACCUACACACACAUUACAGUGAUCCAGUCAAGAUUACAGUCAGAGAGACCAAAGGCUAAAGUGAAAGUGCAGCCAGCUGAGCAUGUGUUCAUCAGAGAGAGAGUCACUCUCACAUGUGACAUAGAAGGUGGAGAUGUCUGGAGUUACGAGUGGUUUAAGAAUAAUAAACGUCUCAGUGAAGCUGAAAGGAGGAAGAAAUAUGAAAUCUCUAAUGUUGAUCAGUCUGAUGAAGGUGAUUAUAGCUGUAAGGGAACAAAGUCAACAGAGCCGCGUUACUCAGAGACCAGUGAUGCUGUUAGACUGACUGUAUCAGAAAAACCCAAACCAGCAGUGAGGGUGGAGCCUCAGAGCACCAUCUACACUGGAGACACUGUUACUCUGAUCUGUGAACUGCAGCUCUCACUCACUGGAUGGAAGUUUCUCUGGUACAAAAACUCUCAGUCAGUACAACUGACUGCUGAUGAAAACACCAACACAAUCAGUAUAACAGUGUCUAAUACAGGAACAGAAGAGUAUAAAUGUGUAGCACGCAGAGGAGAAACCUACACACAUUACAGUGAUCCAGUCAAGAUUACAGUCAGAGAGAGGCAAUCAACAGAACCAAACUACUCAAAGACCAGUGAUGCUGUAACAGUCUCAGGUUCUGGAUCCUCAGUCUCAGAUACUGGAUCUAGUCAUAUAACAGCAGGAGUGGCAGUGGGACUGAGUUUAACCCUUUUGGUCAUUAUCAUACUGAGCCUGUUUUGGUGUUACAAGAAGAAGAAAGAUGAUUCUUCAACCCAGCCCAGUGAUGUAACUUAUGCGCAGGUUGUGACUACUAAAAAGAAACUAAGAGGAAAUGGAAAGACCACUGGCAAAGAUGUCAUUGUUUAUUCAGAACUGAAGCGGAACACAGACCAAGGUCUUUGAAGAAAGCCUGUGUUGUUGCAGAACUCAAAAAUAACCAUUUAUAGUGAUUCCUGAUUGAGG